AUGGCUCGUGCCUUCUAUGCGGCCCUUGUCGUUCUGUUGCCCACGCCUGUGGCGGCGGCAAGCCCUUUGCAGCAGGCUCGCCAGGACGUCCAAGAGAAGCCUUCCGACCCCGUGGGCUGGGAGAAGCUGGGCAGCCUGCUUCGGCGCGACCGGCAGUGGAAGGAGGCGGAGCACAGCUUCCGCAAGGCGCUGGACCUGCGGGCGCCCAGCAUCCAGGAGUCACUUUCCGGCUUGGGCACGGCGCUCUUUGAGCAGGAGCGUUUUGCGGAGGCGAUAGCGCACUUUCGCGCCGCGGUGGUGCUGUCUCCGGAGCGACCACAGGUUCAUGAGAACUUGGCGUUGGCGCUGGAGGAGGAUGGACAGCUGGAAGAGGCGAUUCAGAGCCUACGCAGGUCGCUGACACUUGCGCCGCGCAACGUCAAGGCCAGGAACUUCCUCGGCGAGCUGCUGACUCAGGCCACUCGCUUCAGGGAGGCAGAGGAGACAUUCAGGGAGUCUCUGGCCAUCGAUCCCAACCGGGCAGAAACGAAUCGCCAGAUGGGCGACGCGCUGCUCCUGCGCCAGGCCUACGAAGAGGCUCUCCCCCACCUAUCCAAAGCGGUGCAAGCCGACAUGGAUGGCGACCAAGACCCGUGGAAGGAUCUGGCCUAUACCUUGGAGUUCAUGGGCCGUGACGCCGAGGCGGAGGAGCUGUAUCGCUUAGUGUUGCAGAACACUUCCGCGAAGCCCGACCUGCUGUGGCGGAUAAGCCGCCUGGCUAAGAGCCGGGGCAAGCCGAAG